AAAUAUUAUAGAAUAUUCUAUUAAUACUCAUAAAGUUUUUAGUUCAAGUUUAAUAGGUCUUUUAAAUAUAGUACCUGAUUUAUUUACAAUGGAAAUUAAAUAUAAUACAAAAUAUAUACAAAGUAAGGAAACUCAAUUCAUACUUUUACCAAAACUUCCACAUUUUUUUCGACAAGAAAUAGAAAAGUUUGAAUAUCAUCCUAUAUCACUUGUUUCUACUAUCGGUGGUUUUCACAGCGCUAUUAUAGCUUUUUAUUUAUUAUUAUUUGGUAUGCCUAGAAUUGAACCUUGGGGAUUUCUUCAAAAACAUUUACUUAGAUUUUGGUGUCUUAGAAGAGAUUUUAAAUAUACAUUAGCUAAUGAUUACAAUACUGAACCUGGUAUACCAUUAGUAGAUAACAUUCGAGAUAUUCCUAAAGAAAUAAGUUUAGAAGAACGUGUUCAAAGUUUGGAAUAUCUACUAAAGGAUAACUUUUUCGACACUUAUUGCAUUGAAGAAUUAAAGGGCGAAGUAUCAAAAUAUGGCUAUCAAAAAGAUUUUCAUAAAAAAUUAGAAGAUUUUCUUUCAAUAAAAAAUAAUAAUAAUAGAAAUAAUAGUGUCAAUUCUGACUCCUCUUUAACGAUACAAGUUCCUUCUCUGGAUGAUCAUAAUUAUUUAGAUUUAAAUUUGAAUAGUCCUUUUUCAAUUUUUGUCAUUUCUCCUUUACCAUCUUCUGUAUUCAAUAUAGAUUAAAUUCAAAAAAAAACCAUUUCAUU